CGGAGACAGAUAGUGAACAGAGAAAACCCAGUGAGAUUAAUGUGAAAGGAUUUGCAAUAUAUUUCUUAUUUUUAAAAGAAUCAACACUAGGCUUUUAAAAUCACCACAAGUCGACGGAUUCUCCUUUUGUAUACUACUACUGUUUCAUUCAAACGGUUGCUAAUUGAUCUGACGUUAUUAUGGAAAUAAUUUUGGAAUGAAGCUGAAACCCCAUUGAAAAUGUAAACAAGUUCGCGUGUAUUUAUUUGUAAUAUAUAAACAUGUAAACUUGGAGAGAUUUCUAUUGGGAUAUAAACGUGGACUAAACAGUGGAAAAAGUCAACUCCUGUCUGAGGAUAAUGCAUUUCUCUGCGAUCAGCUGAAGGCAACAAUCCCCGACAUGUAUGAGGACAAUCGCAAAAACAAUGGCCGGAACGGGUACACCAACACAGACGAAGGAGAGGAGGGUGGAGGAGAGGGAGAAGAGGGAGAAGAGGAGGAGGAGGAGGAGGAGGAGGGAGGAGAGGGGGAUGAGGGAGGGGAGACGAAAGGAGACGCGGAGUGGACGGAGGACAGUAUGGCCGAAAACGGAGGAGUGAAGAUGACGAGGACGGACACACUCCAUUCUACGACCAGUUCCACGGGGACCCAGAGGAAGAAGAGCCAUCAUAAUAAGAAAGUGGUACAGGGUUCUGACAAGGUCCAGAGAGCGCCCAGAGCCCUUUACUGCCUCAAACUCAACAACCCCAUACGCAGGGCCGCGCUCUCCAUUGUAGAGUGGAAACCCUUUGACAUCUUCAUCCUGAUAGCCAUCUUUGCUAACUGUAUAGCGCUGGGGGUGUCCAAGCCUUUCCCUGAGGAAGACUCCAACUCUACCAACCACGAUCUGGAACAAGUGGAAUAUGUGUUUCUGAUUAUCUUCACCAUCGAGACCUUCCUGAAGAUCUUGGCUUACGGCUUAGUGAUGCACCCCAGCUCCUACAUUCGCAACGGAUGGAACCUGCUGGACUUUGUCAUUGUCAUCGUCGGGCUGUUCAGUGUCGUCCUGGAGACGAUGACCCAUAAGGCCACUGGGGAGGCUGCGUCGACCCACCAUGUGCCAGGGAAGCCUGGAGGUCUGGACGUCAAAGCUCUCCGAGCCUUCAGAGUACUGAGGCCCCUACGGCUGGUCUCAGGAGUACCUAGUCUUCAGAUCGUAUUGAACUCCAUCAUGAAGGCCAUGCUGCCUCUGCUCCACAUCGCCCUGCUGGUCCUGUUUGUCAUCAUCAUCUAUGCCAUCAUCGGCCUCGAGCUGUUCAUAGGACGGAUGCAUAAAUCCUGCUACUACAUCGGCACAGACAACUAUGCAGAGGAUGACCCUGUGCCCUGUGCGUUUGCGGGUCACGGCCGUCAGUGUGUAGUGAACGGGUCUGAGUGUCGAGGAAAGUGGGCUGGACCCAACGGAGGAAUCACCAACUUUGACAAUUUCUUCUUCGCUAUGCUGACGGUGUUCCAGUGUAUCACUAUGGAGGGGUGGACCGACGUUCUCUACUGGAUGAAUGAUGCCAUCGGGUUUGAGAUGCCCUGGGUUUACUUUGUCAGUCUGGUGGUUUUUGGCUCCUUCUUCGUCCUCAACCUGGUUUUGGGUGUGUUGAGUGGAGAGUUCUCCAAGGAGAGAGAGAAGGCCCAGGCGCGAGGGGACUUCCAGAAGCUGAGGGAGAAGCAGCAGAUGGAGGAGGACCUGUCUGGAUACAUGGACUGGAUCACACAGGCUGAGGACAUGGAUGAGUUUGACGAGGAUGGAAACAGACUUGCGACCCUGGGGGAUCUGUCAGACAAGAAGAAAGGGAAGUUUGGCUGGUUCAGUCACUCAAACGACACACACGGUAGACAUAGCCCAACAAGGUUCUGCUGUUCUCUGUUUACGGUGGAGAUGCUGUUGAAGAUGUACGCUCUGGGAUCUCAGACCGGCUACUUCAAAGCCUUUUUCAACCGUUUCGACUUCUUCGUGGUGUGUGGAGGCAUCACGGAGACCACUCUGGUGGAGCUGGAGAUCAUGCCGCCUCUCGGCAUCUCCGUGCUUCGCUGUGUCCGACUCCUCAGGAUAUUUAAAGUGACACGUCACUGGACAGCUCUGUCCAACCUGGUGGCCUCUCUGCUCAACUCGAUGAAGUCUAUCAUGUCCCUUCUCCUCCUGCUGUUCCUUUUCCUGAUCAUCUUCGCUCUGCUGGGCAUGCAGCUGUUCGGAGGGAAGUUCAAUUUCGACGAGACCCAGACCAAGAGGAGCACCUUCGACACCUUCUCCCAAGCCCUGCUUACCUGCUUCCAGAUUCUAACAGGUGAGGACUGGAACUUAGUGAUGUACGACGGCAUCAUGGCGUACGGAGGGCCCGUCUUCCCUGGCAUGAUCAUCUGUAUCUACUUUGUCAUCCUCUUCAUCUGUGGUAACUAUAUCCUGCUGAACGUCUUCUUGGCUAUCGCUGUGGACAACUUAGCAGGAGGAGACGGCGACACGAAGAAAGAAGAGAAGAAAGAAGAGGGGGAAGCGAAGGAAGGGGAGGGAGAGAAUGGAGAACUGAAGAUUGACGUUGAUGAUGAGACUGAGUAUGAGGAAGAGGAGGAGCCUGAACAGACAGAAGAGGCAGCAGUAGGCAUCCAGCUGAACGUAGCAGACAUCCUCCCUCCCAAGGAGAAGGUUACACCAAUCCCAGAGGGCAGCGCCUUCUUCUGUCUCAGCAAGACCAACCCGAUCCGUCGGGGUUGCCACUUCCUGAUCCACCACCACAUCUUCUGCAAUCUCAUCCUGGUCUUCAUCAUCCUCAGCAGCUGCUCUUUGGCCGCAGAGGAUCCCAUCAGAGCACACUCCUUUAGGAACAAUGUUCUGGGCUAUGCAGACUAUGCCUUCACCUCUAUAUUCACAGUGGAGAUUAUACUGAAGAUGACGGUUCAUGGAGCAUUCCUCCAUCAAGGUUCAUUCUGUAGGAACUGGUUCAAUCUGUUGGAUCUCCUGGUGGUCUCUGUGUCUCUGAUCUCCUUCUUCCUACAUUCGAGUGCCAUCUCUGUGGUUCAAGAUUCUCAGGGUACUCAGAGUACUCAGAUUAUCAACCUGUUUGUUGCUGUCAUCAUGGACAACUUUGACUAUCUAACCCGUGAUUGGUCCAUUCUGGGGCCUCAUCACCUGGAUGAGUUCAAGAGGAUCUGGUCGGAGUACGACCCUGAGGCCAAGGGUCGUAUUAAACAUCUAGAUGUCGUAGCUCUGUUGCGAAGGAUCCAGCCUCCUCUGGGCUUCGGAAAGCUCUGUCCUCACCGCGUGGCGUGCAAGCGUCUGGUGGCCAUGAACAUGCCUCUGAACAGCGACGGAACCGUAACCUUCAACGCCACUCUGUUCGCCCUGGUCAGAACUGCCCUGAAGAUCAAAACGGAGGGUAACCCGGACCAGGAGAACGAGGAGUUGAGGACCAUAAUAAAGAAGAUCUGGAAAAGGAUGAAGCCCAAGGUUCUGGACGAGGUCAUCCCCCCACACGAGGAAGAGGAUGUGACGGUUGGUAAGUUCUACGCGACCUUCCUGAUUCAGGACUACUUCAGGAAGUUCAGGAAGAGAAAAGAGCAAGGAGAUCUGGAAGAGGGCGACCCAAACAAUACCUCUGCUGCUCUACAGCUGUGUCAGGCGGGUCUGCGUACCCUGCAGGACCUGGGGCCAGAGAUGAGGAUGGCCAUGUCAGCUGACCUGGAAGAGGAAGAGGAAGAGGGCAUGGAGGAAGAGCCAGAGGAAGAUGAUUCUCCCUAUAAGACUGAUAAUGGCUAUGCCCCUGAGGGUAAGGACAGACGUGGCUCCAUGGUCACCACCCUUACUGGAGGAGGAGGUAUGCCCAGGGAGAGUCUCUCCAACGGGGGUCUGGCCCACCGAGGUUCCACCUCCUUCUCCAAGACCCCCAACGGAGGAGGCCUGGAGCAGGAUGAGCUGAGACGAGGAGACAACAUGAGGUCCUCGCUCAACCAUCAUCAUCGUCAUUCUUCCAUUAAGAACGGACUGGUGGACCAACCGGCCAUGAGCAGAAGGAAUUCUAACAAGUAUUCAAGAAGAGACAGCAGAGGAGACAGGUAUUCUCCUGUCCGAGGUCGUAACGGAGGGAUGGAUGGAGGAGAGGAGAGUUACGGAGGAGAGGAGGGUUACUACGAUGAGGAUAACGAGAGCCUUGAUCCUCGUGACAGACUUCGUUACCCUGACGACCCUCCUCUGUACCCUGGUCAGCAUGACCACAUGUACGACGCCCACGGCCCCAGCAACGCUGCCUACGGUAAUAACUAUGGUAACGGCAACGGGAACGGCUAUGGAGAUGGACGGAGGACCGCGAGGAGACGCCUCCUCCCCGCCACACCUACCGGUCGUAAGCCAUCCUUUAAUAUCCAAUGUCUGAGGAGGCAGGACAGCAAUGAUGACCUCCCCAUCCCAGGAACCUACCACCAGAACUCUCCCCCCUGCCGGGCACGCACACAGGUCACUACACAGACGUACGGCAGUUACGAGUCCCGUCGCAGCAGCAGCCGUUCCUCAACAGGUUCCUCUGCCUCCUGGGCCAACCCUUGCCCUCGCCGAGGUCGCCUCCUCUAUGCCCCUCUCAUCCUGGUCGAAGAGGAGGGGGCGGGGGGCGGCGGCGGCUCCGGGAUCUGGGGGGACAAGACGGGUGGAGGGGCCAAUGUGACGGCUGCCACCUCCCGACCUGGCCCUGCGGGGUGGUACACGGGGCCCCCUUGUCCCUCAGGAGGUUCCCAGGCACCAUACAGGGCCUAUACCACACUAAGGGUCCCCACUCAGCUCAGCCCUCACUACAGCGACAAGAGAGGCAGCGCUGACAGCCUGGUAGAAGCAGUGCUGAUCUCAGAGGGGCUGGGUCUGUAUGCCAAGGAUCCCAAGUUUGUGGCCUUCGCCAAACGGGAGAUUGCUGAUGCGUGUCACAUGACAAUUGACGAGAUGGAGAGUGCGGCCAGCGACCUGCUGAGUCGGAGAAGCAGGGGCGGAGGGGGUGACGGUUUCCUGAACAAUCCCGACCUUGGAACCCUGUACAGCGACGAGGAGCCAAUCAGAACGGGCCGCGACGAGGAAGACCUGGCAGACGAGAUGACCUGCGUCACUUCCUUCUGAUCUGGACGACGGUCGAUCAAUUAAUCAAUCGAUCGAUCGUGAUUGAUUGAUUGAGUUUAUUGUGAUCAGGAGCAGACCAGAUUUACUGGGCACGAGGGAGACAGAGGACAACUGAGGGACAGAUGGAUGGAGGACAGAUAUGGAGCUGGACAGACAGACAAGAGGUUGUCCAGUCCAGUGUCCUUAGUCCCUCCAUCUUGACUAUAGACAGAUAUAUAUUAUAGGCCUCUAGGCUUUACAGAGAAUGGACCCAAAGGGACUAGAUGAAGAUUUGAGACAGAGGAUGGACCCGAAGGGAAUAGAUGGAGAUGUGAGACAGAGGAUGGACCCAAAGGAACUAGAUGGAGAUGUGAGACAGAGGAUGGACCCAAAGGGACUAGAUGGAGCGGUGAGACAGAGGAGGGACCGAAGGGACUAGAUGGAGAUGUGAGACAGAGGAUGGACCCAAAGAGACUAGAUGGAGAUGUGAGACAGAGGAUGGACCGAAGGGACUAGAUGGAGAGGUGAGACAGAGGAUGGACCCAAAGGGACUAGAUGGAGAUGUGAGACAGAGGAUGGACCCGAAGGGACUAGAUGGAGAUGUGAGACAGAGAAUGGACCAAAGGGACGGACCCAAAGGGACUAGAUGGAGCGACAGAGAAAAAGGUGAAAGAAGAGAAAGAUUUUUCUUAAAGAGACAGAAAGACGUGAGAGAUGACCUCCCCAAAGGCACGCUAUAUAGUGCACUGCUUUUUGACCAGGGCCCAUAGGGACUAUGGACGAUGUAGGGAAUAGGGGGGCAUUUGGGAAGCAAACAAAUAUGUGGGUGAGGUGAGGAACCGAUUCGGGAAGGUGGAUGAUCUUAAGGAUGAGUUGUGUGUUUGUGUGGAGAAGAUCACAUUAAUGGAAGAAUAGAAUAUGAGAGAUGGGGAGAAAGAGAGAAGAGAGAGAGAGAGAUGGGGGAGAGUGUGACUCAGUGUGUCUGCUGGGUGAGUCAGUGAGUAGCACUCUCAGAUCAUGAACACAUUUGCAUCAAAUUGUGUUGGUCUCUAAUAACAGACUCCUUUAAGAUAUUUGUACUGCGCAUCAUGUUGCACAUUAUCUUGAUGGAUAUACUGUACAAUGUUUUUCAUUUUCAGCUUUAGAUUAUUUUUGAUUUGAUGAAAGAACUGAAAUUGUGAAAUACUUUUAAAAAACAAAGUUGUUAGUGUUGUCUUGUCGUCGUGAUGCGUCUACUACCAGGGUCGGUUGGGCUCAAUUCAGUUUUCAAUUCAGUCAAUUUAAAUUAAAUUCCUGAAUUAGAAUUAACUAGCCUGAAUUGGGUGAAUUAAAACCUGAAUUGGCUGAAUUAAAACCUGAAUUGGCUGAAUUAAAACCUGAAUUGAACCACCACUCUGUUCUUCUUCUCUUUGUGUUAGAUAUCACGUCUAUGUUGCUUUCUGUUUGAAAACAGAUCACAUCACGUCUGUUGUUUUAUUUUUGAUGUUUUUCCAUGAUGUCGCUGUGCUGUGCCCCAAAUUACACCCCAUUCCCUAAAUAAUGCACUACUUCUGACCAGGGCUCUGGUCCAAUGUAGUAUCAAAUAGGGAAUAGUGUCCCAUUUAGGACACAGUCUCUGUCUAAAUGCACUGUGAUUGCUGUUUUUAAUGAUGAUAGUAAUUUCAUUUCAAGCAACAAAAAAAAUGUUCUUCUUUUUUAAAUGUGUUUUUAUUUGUAUCCUGGAUAUGCAGGUUUAUAAGCAGCUGAAAAUACAAAGUGCUCAUUUUAUUAUUAUAUUAUAUUAAUAACUUAAUUGCAUGUUUUAUCAGCUCAUAUAGACUAAAACAAACGUUCAUUUGAAAUGUCAUUGCUCAUUGUCGAAAGCAUCCAUGUUUUUAUUCAGAUUUCUAUAAUUCUAUAUGAAUCUAAUACAAUUAAUUCAAAUGUCAUAUCGAUAAACACAAAAUGGUGAACAAAA